AUGUGGAUCCCGGCCGUCUCUGCCGGCAUGGCCCCACCGUGGUCCGCCCCGCGCCAGCUCCUCCUCCACCGCCUCGCCGCCGCGCGCGCCAUCUCCAGCCGGGCCUACCCGCCGCCCACCUCGACCCCGGAGGCCUUCCACGCGCACCUCGCGGCGCUCGCGGCGCCCUCCCGCGCGGGCCACCCGGCCACGCUCCCGUCCCUCCUCGCCGCGCUCUCCCGCGCCCGCGCCGCGCGGCUGCCGCUCCUCCCGGCCACCCGCGCGCUGGCGGCCUCCGCGCUCCUCCGCCACGGCCGCCUCCCCGACGCGCUCGCGCACUUCAGCCUCCUCCCGGACUCCGCCGCGCCGCCCGCUCCGCUCGGCAACUCCCUGCUCGCCGCCCUCGCGUCGUCCGGGUCACUCGCCGCCGCGCGCAAGGUGUUCGGCAGAAUGCUGUCCAGCGGCGCCGAGCUGGACACCGUCGGCUUCGGGGUGUUCGCGAAGAGUGUGGGCAGGAGGGACGGGCUGGACGAGGUCCUGCGGCUGGUGAACGCGGUGCAUCAUCGGGAGGGCUUGAUCAACAAGUCUGUUGUCGCGGCGAUGGUUGCCGACGGUCUGUGUCGGGAGCGCAGGAUAGAGGAUGCUUGGCGGGCUUUGGAGGAUAUGAGGUUACGUGGAUGGAAGCCGGAUUUUGUGGCGUACAGGAUUGUGUCCGAGGGGUUCAGGUUAGCUGAAAGGGCAGAGGAGGAAGGGAGGAUCUUGAAGCAGAAGAGGAAGCUCGGUGUUGCACCAAGGAAGGUGGACUACAGAGAGGUUUUGCUUGCGCUGGUGUCUGGCAGGCAGAUUUCUGACGCGAAGGAGAUGGCCGAGGCGAUUGUAUUAGGCGAUUUCCCAAUUGAUGACGACGUGUUGAAUCUCUUGGUGUGUUCGGUGUCCGAGGUUGAUGCUGAUGCUGCCAUUAUGUUCUGCAAGUUCAUGAUAGGGAAGGAGAGAUUGCCAAGUAUACAGAUGCUCGUACAACUUUGCGAGAGCCUUUGCAAGAAUGGCAAGGGCAAUGAGAUGUGGGAAAUGUUUAGAGUGCUUUUGGAUAAGGGCUAUUGCACGAGUGAGAGGGAGUAUCAUUUGGUGGUGUCAUUCUUGGGCAAGGCAGGGAAGGUCAGAGAGGCAUAUGAUGUGAUAAAGGAGAUAAAAAGGAAGAGGCUCGAUCCUGGCAUUUCAUCAUACAAUUCUCUCAUGGUAGCACUCUGCAGAAAUGACCUCCUUAGGCCUGCUAAGAAGUUGUGGGAUGAGAUGUUCACCAGUGGGUCUAGUCCAAAUCUGCAGACCUACAAUAUACUUAUAACAAAAUUUGCAGAAAUUGGUGAAAGUGAACAAGUCCAACAGCUGUUUGAUCACAUGGUCCAGAAAGGAGUGACCCCAGAUAGUACAACAUACACAUCAGUCAUUACUAUGUUGUGCCAAGAAAACAAAUAUGAACAGGCUGAGGAAAUCUUCAACAAAUCUGUAGCGCAGGAUCCUAAACUAGCUAGUUCAGUGUUAACUGUGUUUAUCAUUGCACUCUGUAAACAAGGUGGCUUCAAAACAGCAUUGGGUGUUAUGUCAAGUCUUCCAUCCAAUAUUGAGAGCUCGAAUUCACAUGUUAUUCUGUUGAAGUGCCUAACAGAUGUUGAGGAAAUUGAAAUGGCUUCUGAACACAUAAAGUGGAUUAGACGCUACUGCAGCUCUGCUUUUCAGAAUAUAAUGAAUGAACUCAUGGCUUCUCUUUCCACUUCUGCUAGCCUUCAACCUGUCAGGAAAUUGGUCUGUUAUUUACAUUGUCAGGGGCUUGUUAAUGAAGUUGGCCCAUGGAUGAAGUUGAUAGAAGAUGAUUAUGCUUGAAUCACAGGUUCAAUGGUCAUAUCAUAUGAUACCACUUGUCCAUUUUGCCAAGAAUGCACAAAGUGUCUUGAGACUAUUGGAGGUCAGGCUUCAGUGCAUUACUUCACAAAGCGAUAUUGAUACUUCCCUCUGAUGCAUCGAGUUCUCAGAAUUACCAAUGAGAAAAUGACCGAGAUUUCUGUAAAGAUCUGGUUUGUGCUGAUCUAUUCUGAGCAAUCCUGAGGUUUGGGGCCACUGUUCUAUUUUGCUCCUACUGCAAAAUAAAUCUGGUGUUUAUUGGCCAUAUGCUUGGCUGGUAUAAUGUGGCGAUUGUUUUGGGAUUACAUUGAGCGAGCAUAAUGAAAUUUACCUUUAUCCAAGGAAGCACUUCAUUAUGAUGGUUCUGCCGCUACUGUGGGUAUGCCAAUUGCGGUCAUGGAGGAUCAGAAUGAGUUAUAUGGUGACUAGUGGAUUCUGAAACUGACCAGGUUCGUUGUGUUAUAGAAGGUCAAGGCAAUUCUUGUCCAUCUGAUCUCCUCCCCCUCAGAGACUGCUGAAAGUUCUGUGAGGGUUGGUGGCACUUUCACGAUGGCAUCCUACACUGUAUCUAAGGUCCCUGUUGUGGAUUCAGCUUGAUUUAUGUCAUGGAAACAAGGGCGUAGGCUGCACUCCAUUUUUGGAAUUGUACAUCGAGUUUCUGUGGUUCGGACAGAUACUCUCUGAUUAAGGGUGUUUUGUCGACAUUUUCGAUGCCUCGGUAGAUUGUCCAUAGAUGCUCGUAGGUAUGGUUCUGGAUUCGACCCCAUCUGUUACUCAAGCAUGUUGUAUACUUCUGUCAUCUUCAUUGACUGAAGAACCAGUUAAAACCA